AUGAUCUAUUCUCAAAAUCGAUAUGAAUAACCCCUAAAGUAAUCUUUAUCAAUUAUAAUUCAGUUAUCUUCCAUAAGGAUAUCCCAUGUAUUAUGAACAAUAUCAACCAUACCAAACACCAUUUGAACCCUAUUAAGUUUUAUCAAAUGUAAUUCCAAUCAAUGAGCCUCUACCAUCUACAAUUAUAUAUCCCAAAGAAACAAUUAUUGAAAGAUACCCUCCUUUAUAAAUGCCAAAGACUGUUUAAAUUGAAAACCCUCAAAAAUAAAAAAAAAAGAAUUUUUUCAAUUUAGAUAACAACCCCUAUUUGUUUUCAUCUGCAAGAGUUAGAAAUUAUUCUUAAUAAUUACCACCUUAAACAUAUGGAUAAUAAACUAAUGAGGCUCAUUAAGUCUAAUUUUAAAUAAAUCGAUUAGAAAAUACUUAACGAUUUUAAGAACCUUAAAUUUAAUCUGUUUAACAGAAAAAUCUAAGAGAAUCAGAAUCAGCAAGAAUAUUUUAUCCACCUUAAACCAUUUAAUAAUAAUCUAUUAGUGAUUAAAUUGAUUAAAGACUAUAAACUACCCAAUAAUAUCCUAUAACAAAUGUUUAAUAGUCAAAAAUACUAGAAUAAAAAGAUUAUUAUAUUUAAUAAUAGAUUCUUCCUGCCAAUUAACCUAUUCCUCCAAUUUAAACUUAGAGUUUGCAUCCUUAAUAUUAAACUACAGCAUAAUUUUAACCAUUAUUAUCCAAAAGCUUAAAUGAUUAAACUGGAAGAUAAAUGAAUGAUUCAAAACCACCUAUUAUUCAAUCAACUAUUGUAAUUCAUACUAUUCAUUUUUAGCAUUACAAUGCACCAAAAUAAAGACCAGGCCUUAAUUUAGACUUAAAUUAGUAUAAAUCAUCCAGUUAAAGCCUUUCAUAAUCAAAAUUAAGAAGAUCAAAAAUUUUCGAUUGA